AUGGGAAGGGUGGAGCUGCCCCCCUCCAUCGACGACGGGCUUCCCCGUAAGUAUCGGGCGUUCGGGGCGGGGAAGUCGGCGGGGGCGGAGAUUUGGAAGCAGGCGGUCAGAGCGGAGGCCAAGGUGGCCGAAGGGGGCGGCACGGGGGGCUUCUCUUGGGGCGGCGCCAAGUAUCACGAGUUCUUUAGGCUGCCAGCGGGGCCGUGCUUCAAUGGCAUCUGCGCGAAGGUGCAUGCGCUUGAGCCCUUCGACGGGCUCAUCACUCGGAGCCUGGAUGAGGAUUUGGUGCCGCGCGUGGAUGGCGACGCGGCCAGUGCGUUCGGCGCGACGGAGCACGGCGUUCGAUCCUUUGGCAGAGCGGCCGAGGUCGCCGCUGCGAAGUGCUCCGCGUGGCCGAGCUUGCCGCAGACGAGCCAGGCAGCAGAGCAGCUGCAGCUAGAGCUGCUCUGGCUUGCGCCCGAGCACGGGCGCACUUUGGCUAGCACGCAGGUCGCGGACGAGCCAACGCCUCUGUUAUUUUGCUUGUGCUGUGGGUACUAUGCGCAGAAUCGGCUGCGCAAGGUGGCUGCCAAGUGUCCACGGCCGAAUUGCGAGGAGGAUCGGAGCAGCGCGAGGAAGGUUGCGCUGCGCAGGCUGCGGAGCGGCUUGCAUCCGAAGCGCGACGCCCCCGCGUCGCGCGCCGAGCCCGAAGCAUCCAUCACGAGAGACGGCAGGGACUUCCAGGUCGCUGCAGCGGCCGCCACGGCCGCGGCGCCCGCGCCCCUGGCGCCCCCCGCGGCGUCCGCGCGCCCCGCGAUGCCCGGAGCCCGACCGCAGGUGUUCCCGGAGGCGGCCUCGCUCGUGGACCUCCUGGCGGAGCAGGCGCAGCCGCAAGGGCUGCUGCCGCGCGCAGCUUCCACUGCGAGCGCCGCGUCCCUGGAGACCAGCCCGCUGGCCGCUGCCAUUGCGGACGGCGCCCGGCAGAGGUCUGCGGGGAGCGACGGCGCAGCCCCCGCGCCGCCGGAGGCGCUGGAGCAGGAAGUCUGCACCGCGGAGCAUGAGGUGCAGGUCCUGCGGGGUGAGGUUGCGGCCGCCGACCGAGAGGCGCGGCAGCUCCACCAGCUGGCCAGAGAAGCGGACAGGCGGCUGCUCCUCAUGGCGGACCAGACGGCGAAGCUGUCGGCGCGCGUGGAGAGCCUGCACUCCGCCAGGAGCGGCUCCGGCGUCCAGGAGGCCGCCGCGGAGCAGAUGGCGGAGCAGACCGCGGCGCUGCGGCGCCGCUUGGCGUGGCAGGAGGCGGAGCUGGCCAAGAAGGACGACGAGAUCGCGGGGCGCCGCCUCGCCCUGGAGGAGGCGCGCGCGCUCUUGCAGGACCGGAGGCGCCAGCUGGCCGCCGACGACCACGGCCUCGGCCUCGAGCCCCCCGCGGCGUCCGAUGCGCCGGCGAGGGACAGGACCCAGGGCAUCGACGCCUGGGUGGCGGACAUGAAGGCCAGCCUGGAGCGCAGCAAGGCGGAUGCCGCCCUCUUGCGGGAGCGGCGGGAGGACCUGCGGAAGCAGCAGGCCGUCCAGGAGCAGAUCGACUCGCUGGGGCUGCUGCUGGAGCGCGCGGUGGCGAGGUCACAAGGCAGCAGGGGCGAGAUCGACAAGCGGCGGAGACGGGUGGAGGCGCUGGAGAGGGAGGCCAGGCUGCUGGCCGCCUCCGAGCGGCUGCGGCGGUCGAAGGCGGAACAGCAGAGGCUCGCGCUGGAGCAGGAGUCGAGGGAGCUGGAAGAUCGCAUCCAGCAGGAGCGUGCGCGCAAGGACUCCCGGCUCCAGCAGGCCAGCGUGCGGGCCUACGACCAGGCGGAGGCGGAGUCCGCGGCGCUGUCUGGCCAGCUCCAGGCCCUCACGGUCUGCAUGAGGGACGUCUACACCGUGCUGCAGGGCUCUGCCGCCGCCGGCAGGGCCGAUUUCGGCCGCGCGGCGGUGCAGGACGAGCUGGCCGCCGCCCUGCAGGAUGGCAGCCUGUGCGCUGCUCCAGUCGGACGAGGCGAUGUGAUCCCGCGAGACCCUGGGGGCGAGGUGGGCGAGACGGGCAGCGAACGAGGACAUGCAGGCCCGCGGCCUCGCGCCGCCCAGGGUGGUGCGCGUGGGCGCCGACGACUACGAGGUUGA